AUGACUCGUUCUGAGGCAAGUCGAGCCGACCUUCUGGUCCAAGUUGACGUGAGUACGGCAGCACUGCCCACGCAGGUGCCCCCCACGACCACAUCGAUCCUCCCUAUGGACCUGCGGAUGGUUGACCACCAUCACCAACAGACCCCCUAUGGUUUACUCCCCCAGCCACACCCUGUGCCACCCACCUCCACCGUGUGCCCCACAUCGAAUGAACCGGGCAAUGGGCCAGUCAUUAGCCACCAAGAGCAGCAGCUGCAGCAGGAGCUGGUGGCCCUUAAACACAAGCAGCAGCUCCAGAGACAGCUACUUAUUGCUGAGUUUCAGAGGCAACAUGAACAGCUGUCCAGACAACAUGAAGCCCAGCUACAUGAUCAUAUCCAACAGCAACAGGAUUUGAUGACGCUGAAACAUCAGCAGGAGCUGUUGGAGCAUCAGAGGAAGGUGGAGCAGCAGCGCAAUGAGCAGCAGUUGGAGAAACAGCACCGGGAGCACAAGCUACUGCAGCUCAAAAACAAGGAGCGGGGCCAAGAAAGUGCGGUGGCAAGCACCGAGGUAAAGAUGCGACUUCAAGAGUUUGUCCUGAACAAGAAGAAAGCCCUGGCUCAGCGAAACUUAAACCACUGUCUGCCCAAUGAUCCACGUUACUGGUACGGGAAAACCCAACACAGUUCUCUGGAUCAAAGCUCCCCUCCCCAAGCGGUGAUGUCAGCAUAUCACCAUGCGGUGCUGGGUGCAUACGACUCCAGAGACGACUUCCCACUACGCAAAACAGCCUCGGAACCCAACUUGAAGCUUCGCUCGCGAUUAAAACAGAAAGUGACGGAGCGGCGGAGCAGCCCUCUCCUCCGUAGGAAAGACGGCCCUGUCCCCACCGCGAAGAAACGUUCCCUUGACAUCGCCGAUUCUGCAUGCAGCAGCGCCCCCGGUUCAGGUCCCAGCUCCCCCAACAACAGCUCCGGUAACAUCCCCCAUGAGAAUGGGGUUCCCAUUUCCAGCAGUCCAGGAGAGACGUCCUUGCUUCAGCGUCUAGUUUCGAGGGACGGUUCCGUAAGCCAUCUCUCACUUUACACGUCCCCUUCGCUGCCCAACAUUACACUGGGACUUCCAGCGACAUGCCCGGGAAACACUGCAAUAUCAGGACAUCAAGAUACUGAGAGCCGCCUGGCGCUGCCCGCCGCCUUACAGAAGGGCAUUCCUUUGACUCCCCCUUUCCUGCCGGCUACCCACUUGCCAGCCUACUUGGCAUCUUCAGGUCUGGACAGAGAGGGGGCAGCAAGCGGCGCAGCUGGCCAUGCCCCCCUCCUGCAACACAUGGUGCGGUUGGAGCAGAGCCACAGUCCAAUGGUCGGCUUAAACGGCCUUCCACUCCCGUCGCCUUCUAUCUCCAAGCUGGCGCGGGGCCACCACCCUCUGGGUCGAACCCAGUCAGCGCCCCUGCCGCAGCAGCAGUGCGCACAGGCACAGGCCCUGCAGCAGCUGGUAGUCCAGCAGCAGCACCAGCAGUUUCUGGAAAAGCACAAGCAACAGUUUCAGCAUCAGCAGCACAUUAUCAACAAGAUCAUGUCAAGCGAGCAGAACUCAGCCGCCUGCUCGCCUCCAUCCGUGUCGUCGAGGCAACACCAGAGUCACCCCGAGGAGACGGAAGAGGAGCUCAGGGAGCACCAGGCACUCUCGUCCUCUUCUUCCUCACUAUCUUCCUCUCCGUCCUCCUCCUCUGUGGCCAUCAAGCAGGAGCCUCUCGACCCUCAUGAACAGGAGGACAGGCAGACUGAGCAGGAGAUGCUCUUCCGACAGCAGCAGGCCCUGCUGUUGGAGCAACAGCGUAUUCAGCAGUUGCGGAGUUACCGGGCAUCGAUGGAGGCGGCCGGUUUGUCAGUCAGCUUGGCUGCCCACCGUCCGCUCUCCAGGGCGCAGUCGUCUCCCGCCUCAUCCUCCUUCCCUAUGAUGGUGCCCGAGCCUGUGGUCAAGCCUCGAUUCACUACAGGCCUCGUGUACGAUUCAUUGAUGCAAAAGCACCAGUGUAUGUGCGGCAACACAAACAUCCACCCAGAGCACGCAGGUCGCAUCCAGAGCAUCUGGUCACGUCUCCAGGAGACAGGCCUCAGGGGACACUGCGAGUGCAUCCGGGGAAGGAAAGCCACCCUUGAGGAACUUCAGACAGUCCACUCUGAAGCUCACGUUCUACUGUAUGGCACCAACCCUCUGCGGCAGAAGCUGGACUGCUCCAUUAGUCCUAUGUUUGUGAGAUUACCCUGCGGAGGCAUUGGGGUGGACAGCGACACCAUUUGGAACGAAGUCCAUUCAUCCAGCGCGGCUCGGUUGGCUGUUGGCUCAGUGGUGGAGCUUGUCUUCAAAGUUGCGUCGGGAGAACUGAAGAACGGUUUUGCAGUUGUGCGACCACCUGGCCACCAUGCGGAGGAAAGCACUCCCAUGGGAUUCUGUUACUUCAACUCGGUGGCUAUUGCAGCCAAACUUCUGCAGCAGAGGCUCAAUGUCAGCAAGAUCCUCAUUGUGGACUGGGAUGUUCACCACGGCAAUGGGACGCAACAGGCCUUCUACGCUGACCCCAGCGUUCUUUACCUGUCUCUGCAUCGCUAUGACGACGGCAACUUUUUCCCUGGAAGUGGAGCCCCCGAUGAGGUUGGCAGCGGCCCUGGUACCGGUUUCAAUGUGAACAUGGCUUUCACUGGAGGACUUGACCCACCCAUGGGUGAUGCGGAGUACUUGGCCGCAUUCCGGACGGUGGUGAUGCCAAUAGCCAAUGAGUUUGCACCAGACGUGGUUCUGGUAUCUUCUGGCUUCGACCCAGUGGAUGGACACGCUCCACCUCUGGGUGGAUACACACUUACUGGCAAAUGUUUCGGCUACCUGACAAGGCAGCUGAUGGGUCUGGCAGGCGGUCGGCUGGUGCUCGCCCUAGAGGGAGGCCAUGACCUCACAGCCAUAUGUGAUGCAUCUGAAGCCUGCGUCUCAGCUCUGCUAGGCAACGAGUUGGAGCCUAUUCCAGAUGAGGUACUGCAUCAGAGACCGAACGCCAACGCCAUCCACUCGAUGGAGAAAGUUCUCGAAGCACACAGUAAAUAUUGGCGCUCGCUACAACGCUCUGCCUCCACGCUCGGCUGCUCUUUGAGUGAAGCCCGAAGACGAGACACUGAUGAAGCCGAGACGGUCUCAGCGAUGGCGUCGUUGUCCGUCGCUAACAAGCAUGUUGGAAAAAAGGCUGAAGUAGAACCGAUGGAAGAGGACGCGCCAAUGUAA